CUGACAAGGACGCUCCAGAGCCGCGAGCUGGAGACGGCAGUUCCCGAGACGUGCGCGAGCUUCCUUUAGAUCUGCGGCUCUGUCGCAGCACUCACAUUCACCUGGGGGAGCGUGCGGCGUGCGUGCGUGCGGAGAGGAUUUCCAAUUGCAAAGAUCGCCUAACUUUUUACACAGAAAUAGACUCUAAGGAUUAAAAACAAACAACGAACAAAUAAAAAAAGACAUAUAAGAAGACGAACUGAAGUGAAAUAAGGAUAUUUCUGUCCGAAGUGAAGAGUUUGAUUUACAGGGUGAAUACAAGCUGAAUGCGUUCUACGCACUGGGAGCGCAUCAAACAGAGAGUCUGAACUCCUGGCAGUUUCUCUGUCCUCUUCGUCCCCGAAGCGUCGUACUUAUUUAUCUUAGGGUGAGGCGAGCUUUUUCAGAAUAAAAACGCGUUUGGUGGACUUAUCGCAGGACUUAACCCUUCUGGAAUUGUUGAACACGCUGAACGCACCGACCAUUGAUCACUGCCAUGCUUCGGACGGAGUGGUAAUUUACUCAAGAUUCCUGCAAACCUCAGGGUUGUCUAACUCAGCCAUGGGCAUAUCGCUGGAUCUUUGAGAAGAACCAGACUUCUUCACAUUUGUCACUAUCUUUCCAUCCCCUUCUCCAUUUUCUAUGCAUUUGUUAUAUGGAAAACUGGGGAAGUGACUCACCAGGAACCAGACCCCAUCAACCGUGCCUGUGGAACUGCCUUCUUUCCUUCAACUGGAAACCAUGAAAAACUUUUUUCUCAUUGCUGGCCAUUCAGGAUGGCCUUUUCCAGCACUGUUAUUGUUUUGUGCCACUUUUCUACUGAUGGACGAUUGCUGCCAUGCUGCCCCCUCGGGCCCUGAGUCCGACUCCUGCUCCACCUUAGUUCAAAACCGCUUCUUUGGUUUCUUUUUGUCAUCAUCAGUGUUCCCCACUGUGCCUUGUUCCUGGACCCUACAGAACCCAGAUCCACGACGGUACACAACAUUCAUCAAGGUGACCAAACCCACAGGGGGCUGCCAGCCAUUUCAGCUGCGGACCUUCCAGUAUGACUCUUUCUUGGAGACUACGCGUACCUACCUUGGCAUGGAGAGUUUUGAUGAGAUUGUGAGGCUGUGUGACUCCUCUGUUCCUGUGGCCUUCCUAGAGGCUGGAAAACAGUUCCUGCAGAUGAGGAAAGGACCUCCUCGGGCAGGGAUGGCCAUCCAAAAUGGUGAUGAGGAUUUUAAAACCGAGUACCUGGUGGUGGGGAAGCGCAAUCCAAGCAUGGCGGCCUGCCAGAUGCUCUGCCAAUGGUUGGAAGACUGCUUAGCCUCCAGCACAUCCAACAGACCCUGUGGCAUAAUGCAGACCCCCUGCCUGUGCUGGGAUAAGCCUCCACAGCUCAGUGUGGGUAAUAGUUGUUAUCACAAUGGAGUUUACUUGGAAAACUGUUUGCCCAGUGUGAAAGGGAGCGGAAAAGAUCCAGAAAUAAAUGGAGGUUGGACUGUGUGGGGUCGCUGGGGCCAGUGCAGCAGUGAAUGUGGUGGAGGAAUCCAAACCCGAGCUCGGACCUGCCAGUCGCCUCCAGAGGAGUCUUUCCUGUGUGAGGGCGUAGUGGAGGAAGGUCGCCCUUGCAACUCCCAGUCGUGCACAGGCAAAGGUCGCCAUCUCUCUCGCAGCCAGUCUCUCCGCUCGGUGGACAACCCCAAGCGUGAUGACACAGACAAGUCUCCCCGCAACGGACAGCAGAGUCCUCAAGAAGUAGAAUCAACUUCAGGUGAGGAGUGGUCAUCCUGGAGUGUGUGUUCUGCCACCUGCGGGGAAGGCUGGCAGAGUCGCACUCGUUUCUGUGUGUCCUCCUCCUACAGCACCCAUUGUAGCGGGCCACUGCGAGAGCAGAGACCUUGCAACACCUCAGCAAUUUGUCCAGUUCAUGGCACAUGGGAUGAGUGGUCACCGUGGAGUUUGUGUUCAUCCACCUGUGGCCGAGGUUACAGGGCCCGAACAAGAACUUGUUCCCCCCCGCAGUUUGAGGGAAAACCUUGUGAUGGACCAGAGAAGCAGACCAAAUUCUGCAACAUAGCCGUCUGUCCAGUUGAUGGGGUCUGGAAUGAGUGGUCCAGCUGGAGCUCCUGCUCUGCGACAUGUUCCAAUGGGACGAUGCAGAGAACCAGGGAAUGCAAUGGCCCCUCUUAUGGAGGCUCGGAGUGCAGGGGAGAGUGGCUGGAGACGGUUGACUGUUUCCUGCGGAAUUGUCCAGUGGAUGGGAAGUGGCAGCCUUGGUCCUUGUGGUCAGGCUGCUCAAAAACCUGUGGAGGGGGGACGCAGCAGAGGAAUAGGGUUUGUUAUGGGCCCUUUUUUGAAGGACAGGAUUGUCCUGGAGAGAGACAACAAAUCCGUCACUGCAAUGAAAAGAGAUGCCCAGCACCUCAUGAGAUAUGUGAUGAGGACAAUUUCUCUAAGGUUGUGUGGAAGAUGACUCCUGCCGGGGAUACAGCAGCAGUACAAUGUGAUCCCAAUGCCACAGGGGUUAUCCUGCGUCGCUGCUCUUUGGAUGAAGAGGGGAUUGCCUAUUGGGAAAAUCCCACCUAUAUGAAAUGCAUUUCCAAUGACUAUCGUAAUAUACAAACCUUGACUCGGGAUCACUUGUCCAAAGCACAGCGUGGUCUUGUGGGAGAUGGAGUUUCAGAAGUGAUGAACAAGCUGAGGAUGACAUCUGAUGAUGGAACAAGCUACAGCGGUGAUCUGUUGGCUAUCCUGGACGUACUGAAGAACAUGACAGAAAUCUUUAGGAGGGCAUACUACAGCCCCACCAGUGCAGACAUGAGGAACUUUGUGCAGACAGUGAGCAAUCUGCUGAUGGAAGAGAACCGGGACAGAUGGGAAGAAGCACAACUGUUGGGCUCCAACAUCAAGGAGCUGUUCCGUCUCAUGGAGGACUUUGUGGACGUCAUUGGCUUAAGGAUGAAAGAGUUCCGUGACCUGUAUGAAGUCACCGAUAACCUAGUUUUGAGCAUCCAUAAGCGUCCUGUGAUGGAUCAGGCUGACUUCAACUUCCCUAUGAAGGGCUGGAGAGGAAUGGUGGACUGGGCUCGGAACUCUGAGGACAGAGUCAACAUUCCAAAGAACAUCCUGUCCACUGGAAAGUCUGAAGCAGACGAUGACUCGACCUUUGUAACCGGCGUUGUUCUCUACAGGAACCUGGGCAGCAUUUUGGCUCUGCAAAGAAACAACACUAUCCUCAACUCUAAGCUUUUGUCAGUGACCAUCAAGCCCCUCCCUGCUUCCCUCUCUACACCUAUUGUGAUCGAGUUCUCCCACCUAUACAAUGGCACGACCAACCACACCUGUAUAUCCUGGGAUGAGAGCGACAGCUCGUCUCUGCUGGGAUCUUGGUCUGCCAGGGGCUGCAGAGCCGUGCUCGUCGACUCAUUCAGAACCAAAUGCGUGUGUGACAGACUGUCCACCUUCGCCAUUUUAGCACGGCUGAACCCCGACAUGAACAUGGAUAAGAUGCAGCUCCCAUCUGUAACCUUGAUUGUUGGCUGUGGAGUAUCUUCGCUCACACUGCUGCUUCUCAUCAUCAUCUACGUGUCUGUGUGGAAGUACAUUCGAUCGGAGCGCUCAGUCAUCCUUCUUAACUUCUGCCUCUCCAUCAUCUCCUCCAAUGCCCUUAUUCUCAUCGGACAGACCCAAACAAGGAACAAGGUUUUAUGCACCCUGAUUGCAGCAUUCCUUCAUUUCUUCUUCUUGUCAUCAUUCUGCUGGGUUCUGACUGAGGCUUGGCAGUCAUACAUGGCCGUGACCGGUCGACUGAGGAACCGCAUCAUACGGAAGCGCUUUUUGUGUCUUGGCUGGGGUCUCCCAGCGCUUGUUGUUGCCAUCUCAGUGGGAUUCACCAAGGCAAAAGGAUACGGAACACCAAACUACUGCUGGCUGUCUUUGGAAGGAGGCCUUCUCUAUGCAUUUGUUGGACCUGCUGCAGCUGUAGUCUUGGUUAACAUGGUUAUUGGGAUUCUCGUUUUUAACAAACUGGUCUCCAAAGAUGGCAUUACUGAUAUGAAACUAAAGGAGAGGGCGGGUCAGAUGACAGUGCCACUGUACAAUAUGACGCUCAAAUGUGCCAAGUGCGGAGUUAUCUCUUCGGCUGACGUUUCCACCACAGCUACCAGUAACGCCAUGGCGUCACUGUGGAGCUCCUGUGUGGUUUUGCCUCUCUUGGCCCUCACAUGGAUGUCUGCUGUCCUGGCCAUCACUGACCGGCGUUCUGCCCUCUUCCAGAUUCUUUUCGCUGUGUUUGAUUCUCUGGAAGGUUUUGUUAUUGUAAUGGUUCACUGCAUCCUGCGCAGAGAGGUUCAGGAAGCGGUAAAGUGCCGAGUGGUGGAUCGGCAGGAAGACACUAAUGGAGAUUCAGGUGGAUCUUUUCAAAAUGGGCAUGCUCAGCUCAUGACUGACUUUGAAAAAGACGUGGAUAUGGCUUGCAGAUCCGGCACAACGAAGCGCUCAUCUUUCCAGGGGGAAGACAAGGCUUCUGCCGGGACUCUCACCCUUCAGAAAGGAUCCAACUUUAACACAAUGCCAGCCAGCAUGACCAAGGUUCACCUCCAGAAUGUGGCCGACUACUCCAGCCACACCCUCACUCUGCGCCGGGAGAAAGGUGCUGCAAAGGGGAUCAGCACCGAGCUCCCUGGCGCCAAAUCCAUCUACAUCUGUGAUGGCGAGCUCUUCAAGCAGCUGGAUGGGGAACUGCCCCGAGGGAAUGGGGAGGGCAGCAGCUCAGACAGUACUGGCAAAGGCCCAGGGUACAUCAUCCUACCAGCUAACAACACAGGUACUCUGAAGGCCACCAAGGGGAAAGAUGAUCAGACCAGCAAGUAUAACAUCACCAUGGAACAGCUCCCUCAGAGCAGGCUCAUCCAUUUGGCGAACUCUACUGCUGGAGAGCCAGUCCCUGGCUUUGGGCUCAAGAGCCUUCCUACUGACCAGGUCAGUGUGUCGUGUACUGAAAGAGACUCACCAGCUCACAAACUGCACAACAUGCCCAGAGACCCGCAGACAACAAGCAGCUUGGCAGAUGCAGGCGACUCUGGCAACUCUGGGGUGAUGUCCAAGAGUGAAACCGUCUCCACACUGUCCAUGAGCUCAUUGGAGAGACGAAAAUCACGCUAUGCAGAGCUUGACUUUGAGAAAAUAAUGCACACCCGGAAACGGCACCAGGACAUGUUUCAGGACCUGAACAGGAAGAUUCAAAGUGCAGACAAGGAUAGAGAGUCUCCACCUGUUGAUGCCAAAGCUGCCAAAAGAUGGAGUGUGUCCUCUACCGGCAGCGACAAGACCAACAUGAGUGACAAGCAGCAGACUCCCAGUAAAAGGGCAUGGGAGGGCAUUCGCAAACCUCACUCACCCCCAUCCUGGGUGAGGAAGGAACUGGAAGCGGUGGUUGUGUCACCCUUGGAGCUGCAGACGGUAGAGUGGGAGAAGAACAGCGCCACCAUCCCCCUGGUGGGCCAGGAGAUCAUGGACCUGCAGACGGAAGUGUGACCUCUGACCAGGGCCUCACAUCCCGCAGCUCCCUGCCAUUUUCAGUGCUGUCACCACGCACACUCACACACACACGCACACCCACGCACUUUGCCAUGGUCAGUGCAAAAUGAAGUAGAGUCCUCUGCCAGGAUGCUACUGGACAUAAAUUGGAGGAGGGGACAAGGUUGGAAAUUGGAGUUUCGAGCAAAGAGGAACAUGAUGUCUCUUUUUUGUUUCAUUUGAUACUUUAAUGUGGCAGAAAAGUGGACUGUCUGGACAACUGUCAGGUGACUCAUAACAAGAGACUAAGUGCUUCUACGUGUGCAUUAUCCAGAUGUUCUAAACAGCAUAGUUAUGCUCCCCCUGUAUUCAACUGUUACCAUGUAAUAAUCUUGAUGUGUCUCUUGGCUAAAAUCGAGGCUGUCCUGAUGGAGGCUGAUGUUAAGCUCAGCUUCAGUUGCCUCAGUGACACUAAGCUGGGUUUAAGGACCAGGACUGGAUCUGACCCGCUCCUCAGUACCGAUCCAGGCACAGUGAUUGGAGCAUGCCACGGUCAACAGGACUUUUUGUCCCCCUGAUGGGGGACAAAAAGUAGGGAGAGUUCAGAGACUGUGGUAUGGGUGGGGCAUGUAUGGGCUGCUGGCUCUGGUUGACCCGUAUCAUCCAGUGGGAACCCAGCUACUUGGGGUUCAUAAAGUAAAGACACCCUGAGAAGAACAAAGCUCAACAUGUUGGUAGACUGGAAAAGUGAACCGAAAGGACCCUGUGUGUGUGUGCCCUGAGAACCGCAUUAGGAGUACGCGGCCAUACUUAUAUCUGACUCAUUGGUCAACGAUGAUGUCCAAUGAGGUCAUCCGGCAGUGUGUGUGUGUGUACGUGUGUGUGCAGGCUGCACAGAGGGAAAGCACAAGACUCACCUGGAGUUCUGAUGUAUAGCAUUGUUAUUAUUUUGACAGAGUUCUACAGAAUGGAUUUUAGCCUAUAAAUAUCUUUCUUACUGUGCUUGAGGAUAGUUGUUCUCAUUAUUAUAAAUAUGAACAUGAUUAUUCUGAUACUGAUAAGCCCCCCUCUCUCUGCACCCCCACCACCCACUACCCUCUCUCUGCCCCCCCAGCAGCCCCACUACCCACUACCCUCUCCCCUGACUCAUCAGGGUACCAGACUACAAGUGUUCUGUAUCGCUAUGUAACUGUGUGUUUUGAUAUCACUACUGAGUCAUUCAGAUCUGUGUUUGUCUGUUGCCCUGCCCUUCAUAAUACCAUGAAGUCAUCCGUACUUCACCCCCAAUCCCCAUGUCAUGCAACCCCCUGAUCCCUUUUAUUUUGCCAGUACUGCUUUUUUGUUGAUGUACAGUUUUCAGAGCACAAUAUGAAUGUGUCUUAUUUCUAAUAAAAGCAUAUCUAUAUAAUGAA